UAUCAUAAAUUUUUAUUUUUCAUCUGUCAUUACAAAAAAAAAAAAAAAAAAACAAUAGUUUUUAUUGACUAAGUUCUGAAUAACGUUGCUACUAUGAAUGUAUUACUAAUUUGUCUGAUUGUUAUUGUGGUUCCAACAAUACAAAUAUUUGGCAAUCCACUUCCUCAAAAAAAUGAAACUCUCGCAUCGUAUCCCUUGAUCAAGGAUCCAAUGAAACGGCAGAUGUCAAACCUGAUUGGAGAUUUGGUGUUAGUUGUAAACAUCUUAUCUCAAGCGAGGAAAGUCAACGUAGAAGCUGCUGUCAAGACUAUUAGUGACGUCGUUAAUAGACACUUGGAGAUAAUGACUCAUAAUCUAACAAGCUAUCAUCAAUAUCAACCCACAACUUUUGAUGAUACUCCGAGUUACAGUUUUACAACUAACAGUUUUGUAACUCCACCAAUCACUGUCAAUAAAACCGAAGCCCCGCAGAAAUUUGAAACGGACCUUGAUUUUAUUCUACAAGGCUCUAAACUCGAGAACGCUAUUGCUACUUUUUUGAAUUACCUCCAAAAUAGCACUCUUUACUCUGCACCGAAUAUGUUCGAAGUCGCUUCAAAGGACCCCAGCAUUAAAUAUUCAAAAAUUGGAUAA